GAUUGUACAUUGGACAUUUUAAUGCACAACCCAACAAAUCAGAAGACAGAGACUUGUCUUCCUUCUCCAGUUCCAGUGUUCCUCUCUCUCUCUCUCGCUCCCUCUCUCUGUGUCUGAGCAUGCGGUCGUCCCCAGAAAGAAACGAUAAUAACAGUAGAUCAAUCUCUAGCUCGCCUUCAAAAUCAUCAUCUAUAUGUUCAUCUCCUUCGUCUGAUCAGGCAGUAAACACUUCAUCAUCAGUGAGAAAAUCCAUGGAAGACGUUUGGAAAGAUAUAAAUCUAACAUGUCUUCAAGAGUGCCCCAUCAGUAACCCCAACCACCACCGCCCUGUUGGUAUGAUCCUUCAAGACUUCUUGGUUAGACCCUUCAACAAAGAUUCACCAACUCCCCCCUCCUCGGCUGGUAGGGCCACUGAUUUCCCCAAUUCUUUAGCGCCAAGAACUGCCACUAUCUUGACUUUGAAUUCUGGGCCUUCUCCUGAUAUUCUUGAAAGCGAUAGUGUUCGCACAAGGCCAAAUAAUCCCCAGUUGCAUACUCAUGCGAGUAUUGGUGCUCUGGGUUCUUCAUCGGCGUUCCCCUCCAUUUGCAAGAAAAGGGUUCAAGAAAAUGACGACAACACAAGCGAUCGGAGACAUAAACGAAUGAUCAAGAAUAGAGAAUCAGCUGCUCGGUCCAGGGCAAGAAAGCAGGAAUCUCUCUAUCUCUCACCCAAGAAAAAAAAAAGAUGUUUUCUUUAUAUAUACAUAUAUAUGAUGUUACUUUAUUUAGUGGGUUUCUUUAUAACCCGCCUUUUAAAACAUGUUCAGGCUUACACACAAGAGUUGGAACAGGAAGUAGCCAAUUUACAGAAAGAGAAUGCUAGGCUUAGAAGGCAGCAAGAAAAGUUCCAGGCAGCUCCUGCUCAGCUUCUAAAAAAGCCGAGUCUCUAUAGAACCUCAACAGCUCCAUUUUGAGAAAGAAACCAGAGGCUCUGUUUGAGGGAGAUGUUUUGAAAUGUAAUUUACAAUUUGUGUUGGAUGGAAUCUCAAAUCAGCGGGUCCAAAGGCAAAGGAGGGAGAGAAAAAGAAAGGCGAAGGAGGAACCCAAGCUAAAGCUACACGACAAACUGCGGGCAUUUUGUUCUCUCUUUAAUUUUCUCCCAUAAAUUAAUAUUAUAAUAUAAAUAUAAAAGGAGAUGUUAUUGGGUGGGUUUUAUUGUGUGUUAGUACUGUGUAUCUCUCCCAAUGAGCAGACCUUGGUCGGGGAGAAGGAGGGAGAGAGAGAGAGAUGUGGGUCAAAUAUGAUCUCUGUCAAUGAGCAGCCUUUGAUAUUUUGUUUGGCUAUAACUAUAGAUAUAACUAUACAAAGACGGGACAUGUUUGGCUAUUAAUAUCACCUUUAUUUCUCUUUU